AACAACUUUAAGUUUGGGAUUACUGACAGGUAGAAAUAUGUAGGGUGAGGGAUAGCGCCGGCGCUACCUGUUGUAGAAAGAAGACAAUAUAAUUAAAUUAAACUGUUAAUAGUAAACAACUUUCUUUAUUUAUAUAAUAAUAAUAUUAUAAUAAUCAAUCUUCAUAAAUGUGAGUAUCAUCAAUAAAAACUCACAUAUAAAAAUACAUUCUAUAUCUUAUACACAAAAAUAAGCUGUCAUCUCAAAAUGACGGCAUAAUGCACUAUGGCGGCGUGUUCGUUAAGGCACGUUGAUGAGGGCUACGCCCCGGGCGGCGCCAGGCGAGCGUCGGCGACUAGAUCACAGAAGGUGCGGGGCUGCGCCCCGGUGGCUAUCUCUCAUCUGAGUGGUGCUGGGAAGGAUGGCACGGCGGCGCACCAGCGUGGAGUGCACGCAGUUAUAGCGCAUCCAGCCGCACUUUGUACCGGAACAAAGGCAGAGACGUGGAUACCAUUGGAUACAGGCAGGGACGCUACUGCUGGCCUCUUCUCCUCGUUGUCUUCGAGGAGGUAAGGUCUGAAUAAUUUGAACGGUUUUCUUGGAGGUUCUGUGGUGGUAUUCGUAACAUAUGCUCUCAGUGGAGGUGGCGGUGUGGGUCGACGCACUGAUAAAUCUAUAGGUUCAGCAGCAGCAGGUGGCAAUGGCACGGUUAUCUGAGGUGGAAUAGUCGCCGGCAGUGUAGUAGGCACCUGCACUGUUGUGGAGAUGGCAGCUGGUGGUGGUGAAGGCAGUCGUGCACUUUCCGGUGAACCAACAGUAUAUGGUGGUGGGGACGGUGCUGGUUGGGGAGCGCGCCUCAGUAGCGCUGCCCGCAAAGUAGGCUCGGCUUGAAGCCACUUUUGUAUUUGGCGUCGAUGUAUGCCAAACUUCCUGGCAGUUGCACGUUGAUUACCGCGACAUUGAGCAUCGCGUCUGUAUGCUUCGAGAACUUGGAGCUUGAAUUGUGGUGGGAAGAUACGGCGAGAACCAGCGCGACCCUCAGGACGACGGUCGGAGGGCGCGGGGGCCGGUUGAGUGUGGGCUGCGGCCAUUUUAUUAAUAGAAACGUGUGCGCGUAGCGGCUGUCGGCGCCGAACUGACUGCUCGCUCGGUGUAGUGAGGAUGUUGGCGGCGCGCCGCUGCCCACCCGAUAUGAGUGUGCGACGCGCGCGAGGCUCGUAUACCCAUAAAGGCGAGUUUACAUGCGUAGCCCAAAAUUAACCGUCUUUUCAAGUAAUAUUGCAUUGAUUAAACCGUUCGUUUACAAGCAUAAAAUUACAAAUACAAUCGUGAACGUUUUAUAGGUGGAUAGUGGCAUAUUCACAUGUUGGAUUUUUUAAAUAAAAUGUAAAAAAGAGGCUGAAUCUGCUGCAUCUAUUCUUGUCUAAAAGUGUAAGUCAAAUUGCAAUGAUUCUUUAGUUGAGUCAAUUAAUUCUCUUUUAAAUAAACCGUGUUAACUUCGUCAUAAUUUGUUGUAAGUUUCAAGGGUUUAUAAAAUCAACUUGUAUCAUACAUAUCCGAUCUGAAAAUAUUUAUAUGAAUCUUAAUAAGCAAAUUGUAGAGAUGUAGUGAUAUAUAUUUUUUCUGUUUAAAAACAAUUUUACACAUAUUUGUCUCUACAAUCGUAUACUUUAACAAAAAACAUAUUAUUUCGCAAACUUUAUUAGUGUAAAACUUAGUUACUUUUGGAAUUAGGUGAACGCUUCCUAAGUCAGUAAUCUCGCCUCAUUCUCGGCGUGAAAAAAUGCCGCAAGUGGGAGCCGAUAGCUCGUAGCGCCACUAUCGCUAUCUUUGUCUAACGUGUAAAAUCUAUAAUGACAAAGUGAGAUGGCAUGUGAACUACCUAGGUCGCUGCCACAUCCGUUUACGAAACAAGUUUGCAUGCAUUGUUGUCGUAUUGUGCGCGCGGGUGGUUCAUGAGUCCGGGAGGGGGGGCGCAAGCGGCCAAGAAUGUGCACAGAACGGCAACGUAGCCGUCCGCGGCAGACAGGGUGUCGCCGGCUUACCGCCGUAGACAGGCCGUCGCUCGACGGCGCUAGCCCCUCCUGCACCCUUCUCACACCCGCGCCGCCCGCAGCGCACAACACAUCAACAAUUGGAGAGUGUGGCGACGGGCACAGUGGCCAGACGCCCGGUCGCUGGCAACCGGUUCCGACGGACUGGUCAUCAGCGGGCCCCGCCGCCGGCCUCCGACUCGCCUCAUUCACGGACACAUUAGCUUUCUACCAACCAGGUAGUAAUUCUAAUGGCAAUUACAAAGAGAUGUGA